CGUGGAAGUCGUCCCCCGACGCAUCACCCACGGUGGUCGUCGUCGUCGUCGUCGCGGUUUUUUUUUUAAUACAGUUUCUCCCCUCGCGCAGUGAAACACAAACUCAGCCAAGAUUGCAUCCUGGAUACGCGGAAGGAUUGAGGCGGAAGGAGGCUGUUGCUGACAGCCAUGGGGACGGCAAAGAUGAAACAUCUUUGGCCGUUGCUGGCGUGGAUACUUCUAUCUUCGCAUCCGGCCGAAUCUCGCAACGGACUCGGCCAUGGAUUGAGGCGAGAAGUAUUCUUCUUGAACCUCGAGGACGGCUACUUCGGCUGCCAAGUGAACGAGUCGACAGACGUUUUGCAGCUGCUGGAGCUCUCGAAACUUUGCGAUCAGCGCGUCGACUGUUAUCAGGGCGCGGAUGAGCAGCGCGGCAAGUUGAAGUGCACAGACGAUUGUACAAAAGACGGCACCAAAUGUCAAAACGGUGUUUGUCUGGAUUCAGUCUGUCACUGUAACGAUGGGUUUGGGGGAUGUAAUUGUCAAGUUCCAGAUGAGAACGAGUGUAAAUAUCGGCCCUGUGAUAUAUUUGCCCACUGUACAAAUACUCUCGGCAGCUUUCAAUGUUCCUGUUUUCCCGGAUAUCGAGGCGACGGCUUCCACUGCGAAGACAUCAACGAAUGCGACGAUCCGGCGCUCGCCGGCCGUUGCGUCGAGAACGCCGAGUGUUGCAACCUCCCAUCGAACUUCUUGUGUAAAUGCAAACCUGGUUAUAUUGGCGACGGCGAGGUGCACUGCGAGGAUGUGAACGAGUGCACAAUACCAGGCGCAUGCGGCGACAAUACCGUGUGCCACAACAUACCUGGCAAUUACACCUGCACGUGUCAAGACGGAUUCACGGGAGACCCGUACGACAGUUGUGUCGACAUCAACGAGUGCGAAUACGAAGAUGCUUGCGGCAGGGACGCGCUGUGCGUGAACUUACCAGGCGCUCAUAAAUGCGAGUGUCCUGCGGGAUACGACGGCAGCCCGGAGGAGGAGUGCAGGGACGUCGACGAGUGUCUGAGAAGCCCUUGCGGACGUUCCGCUCUCUGCACGAAUGUGCACGGUAGCUUCCGGUGCUCCUGUCCCGACGGAAUGGACGGCGAUCCGUGGACAGGUUGUCACGACAUCGACGAGUGCACGGCUCUGGAGAAUCCUUGCGGCAGAAAUGCGAUUUGCAAGAACGCCGAUCCCGGUUACAAUUGCCUCUGUCCACCGGGUUACAGUGCCAGCCCCAACCCGACAGUUGCUUGCGAUCAGACCGACGUUACGACGCUUUGCAAGUCGAAUUUCGAUUGCGUCAACAAUGCUGAGUGCAUCGAAGGGCAGUGCUUCUGCAAGGAUGGCUUCAAAGCCGUCGGUGCCGAGUGCGUGGAUCUGGACGAGUGCCUCACUAAUCCCUGCGGGCCUGCGUCGAUCUGCUCGAAUACCAGGGGAAGUUACCACUGCGAGUGCGAGUCCGGUUUCGUCGGUACUCCGCCUCACGUACAGUGUAAAGCACCGUGCGACGAGGUUACUUGUGGCGAUCAUGCCUUCUGCAAGGCCGACGGUCACGAGGCUUAUUGCAUCUGCGAAGAUGGCUGGACCUUCAAUCCGAACGAUAUAGCGGCCGGAUGUGUCGAUAUAAACGAAUGCGACGCGAUAAAUGGACCUUCUGGAAGAUGCGGCAGAAAUGCUAUCUGCACGAAUACACCUGGCGAUUUCAGUUGCCAAUGUAAAUCUGGAUUUUCAGGAAAUGCCUUCAAACAAUGUAUAGAUAUCGACGAGUGCGCUAGACAUGAUUCUUGCGGUCACGGAGCGACAUGCACCAACACCGAGGGUUCUUACGCUUGCACUUGUCCGGAAGAAACCAUACCGGCCCCCGAUCCUUACAUCAAGUGCGUUGCAAUUGUUAGAUGUGAAAUUGACGACGACUGUCCAGGAAAUGCGAUUUGCGAUCCACAGAAGAGAUGCCUGUGUCCCGAGCCCAACGUCGGGAAUGAUUGCAGACAUCCAUGCGAAGAUCUAUCCUGCGGGCCCAACGCGCACUGCAUGUUGCUGAACGACUUGGCGACAUGCCUCUGCAGCAACGGUUACACCGGGAAACCAGGUGUGAAGGACGGUUGUCGAGACAUCGACGAGUGCGCGAUCAAUCCGUGCCCUCCGGGUGCAAUUUGCAACAACGAGCCGGGCUCCUUCUCGUGCCAGUGUCCCAGCGGCAUGACCGGCGAUCCUUACAGCGGUGGUUGCCAAGAGUCUAAGGCACCUCACGUGUGCGGUCCCAGUGCACCUUGUCCGGCUGGAGAGCAGUGCAUCAAGGACGAAUUCGUGGGCAGCAGUGUGUGCAUCUGUCAGCGCGGUUACACCCGCGACCAUGAGACCGGCAAAUGCAGAGACAUCAACGAGUGCAUGGAGCUCAGGGAGAAGCCCGCAUGCGGCGUCAACGCGAUUUGUAAGAAUCUCCCCGGUAGCUACGAGUGUCAGUGUCCGCCUGGUUUCAACGGGAAUCCCUUCUCACUUUGCGAAGAAUGCAACAGCAUCGAGUGCCAGUGCCAGCCGCCGUAUAAGAUCGUCAAUGGCAAGUGCAUGUUGGCGGGCUGUUCGAAGGGUGAAAAAUGUCCAAGUGGUGCCGAGUGCAUAACGAUUGCGGGUGGCGUGAGCUACUGCGCCUGUCCCAAGGGUUACACGACCAAAUCCGACGGUUCCUGUGAAGACAUAAACGAAUGCACCGUGGGACAUCAAGUAUGCGGUUACGGCGCCGAGUGCAUCAAUCUACCAGGUGCGCAUCAGUGCGUGUGCCCGCACGGAUACGGCGGCGACCCGUACAACGGUCUCUGUUCGCCCGCGCAGAAGAGAUGCACCAAUGACAACGAGUGUAAGGCCAACGAGAAGUGCGUGCAACCGGGCGAAUGCGUCUGCCCACCGCCAUUCUACACGGAUCCCUUAGAAGGAAAUCUCUGCAAGAAUCCCUGCGACCGUUUCCCAUGCGGCAUCAACGCGAGAUGCACGCCAAGCGACCCGCCUCGAUGCAUGUGCGAGGCUGGCUUCGAGGGCGACCCACAGCACGGUUGCAUCGACGUGAACGAAUGUGCGAACAACCCUUGCGGGCACGGUGCGUAUUGCAUCAACACGAAAGGUGAUCACGUGUGCGAGUGUCCAAAGGGCAUGAUCGGCGAUCCUUACGGCGCCGGCUGCACAGGAGUCGCGACUGGCAAGAGUGAAUGCUCGUCGAACGACGAUUGUGAAAACUACCUGGCGUGCGUUCACGGAAGUUGCGUCAAUCCUUGCGACAACAUACCAUGCGGCCCGAACGCAUACUGCGAGCCUGAUAAGCACGCCGCUUGGUGCAGGUGUGUGAUAGGAUUCACGGAGGGCAAGAACAACGAAUGUGUCUCACAGUGUGACGGUUUCGUUUGCGGCACCGGGGCUCAGUGUAUCGUAAGUUACGACGGACCGACUUGCAAAUGCAUCGAAGGUUUCAUGGGGAAUCCUUUCCCCGGUGGACAAUGCGUUCCGGACGUGUGCUCACCUGAAAUCCCAUGCGCGGAACCAAGCGUGUGCAUCAGCGGGCGUUGCAAGCGGCGCUGUGAGGGGGUGGUUUGUGGCAUUGGAGCCAUGUGCGAUCCUUUAACGAACAAAUGCGUGUGCAAUCCGUACUUCGUCGGCAAUCCAGAUCUGCUUUGUAUGCCACCCAUUCAGCCACCACGCUGCGAUCCAGCUUGCGGCAAGAACGCGCACUGCGAGUACGGUCUCCAGGAAUCGAAGUGUAUCUGCAACCCGGGCACCAGUGGAAAUCCUUAUCACGGUUGCGGCAUCCAGCAGAAAUCUGACUGCUCUAAAGGAUUGUGCGGAAGAGACGCGCACUGCAACGCAGGCCCCAAUGCUGUCGAGUGCCUCUGUCCACCCGGCUUCGCUGGCAAUCCGUACAUCCAAUGUUUCGACAUCAACGAGUGCAACGGGGACGCGUGCGGCAGCAACGCGGUGUGCAUCAACACGAUCGGCAGCUACGACUGCCACUGCAAGGACAGCUUCUUCGGCAAUCCCUUCGUCGGCUGCCAGCAAGUGCAGGUAGUCCCUUGCGCCGAGCCGUCGAGCUGCGUCUGCAGCGAGGCCGUGCCCUGUCCGUUCGACUACACCUGCGUGAAUCACAAGUGCGUGAACCAGUGCAGCGACAUCAAGUGCGGCCCCAGAUCCGUCUGCCAGGACGGAGCGUGCGUGUGCCCGCCGGGCUACAGCGGCAACCCCAACGAUCAGCGCAAAGGCUGCCACUUGCACGGCCGCUGCUCCAACGACCUCGAGUGCGAGCCGCAGGAGAUCUGCUUCCAGGUCGGCAAGGGCGUUCGCAAGUGCGUGGACGCCUGCGGCAAGCUGCAGUGCGGGCCCAACGCGCUGUGCGUCACGCAGCACCACGUGUCCUCUUGCCUGUGUGUCGACGGCUACCAGGGUAAUCCGAGCAACUUGCUGGAGGGUUGCCAACCGUCCAAGUCGGUGAUCCCCAGCUGCGCCCACGACUCAGACUGCCAAGCCGGCUUCUUCUGCAUCGCGCUGGACGGCGGUUUGCGCGACUGUGUAAACCCCUGCGGCAAAGUGGUGUGCGGCGCUUAUCAGAAGUGCGAGCCCGACGUCGGCUCGCCGGGUCACGCGACCUGCAAGUGCCAAGACGGCUACGAAUGGAACCCGGUGCAGUCGUCCUGCGAGAAACCAUCCGUGCCCGACUGCAUCAGUGACGAUGACUGCCGCUCCAGCGAGGGUUGCCGACCGGACGCCCUCGGCGUGCUCAAGUGCCUGCCGCUCUGCAGCGGCUUCACCUGCACGGUGAACUCGCGCUGCGUAGCGGAGAACCACCGUGGCCGGUGCGAAUGUCUGCCGGGUUACACCGGCAAUCCGGACGACCGUCGCGGCUGUCACAGUCCGCGCGAGAACCGCUGCUCAACCGACAGCGAGUGUCCGGAGGACCAGACGUGCCGCGGCACCUCGGACGGCCCGCUCGCCUGCCAGCAGGUCUGCGACUUCGUCUCCUGCGGCCCUAACGCUCUCUGCGUCGUCAACAACCACGUAGCGAACUGCGAGUGCCCGCCCGGGCUCUACGCCGGCGACCCGAACGACGUGGCGUCCGGCUGCCGCGCGGUGCCCUGCGUCUACAACAUCGACUGCCCGCCGGCCCAGCUCUGCAACCGACUGACGCACACCUGUUACGACGCCUGCGACGAGAACGCCUGCGGCGUUAACGCGGUCUGCAUCGCGGACGACCACCGGGCGAUCUGCCAGUGUCCACCGGGCUUGAGACCGAACCCAGUGCCCGACGUGGAGUGCGUCGCCGUGGAGGCCUGCCGUUCGGACUCCUGCCAUCCGACCGCGCUCUGCGUCGUCGGUCCGACCAACAACCCUGUCUGCAAAUGCCCGCCGAAUCACGUGGGCGAUCCCUACGUGAACGGCUGUCAACCGGAGGGCUACUGCACCGGGCCGAAGGACUGCCCGGUGCACUCGGUCUGCCAUGAACACCGCUGUGUGAAUCCCUGCGAGGACGCAUGCGGGCUCAACGCGCUCUGCGAGAUCGUCAACGGCCAGCCGAGUUGCAGGUGCAUCCACAGGUUCGUGCCGUCGUCGAAGGGCGCGGAGCACGGCUGCGUGAGGGCGACGAAUUACUGCACGCUGGACGCCGAGUGCGAGGACAGCGUGUGCCUCGAUGGACAAUGCAGAGAUAGCAUGUUAGGUCUUCCCAGAAUUGGCCGAUACUCCCAACAUGUUAUUAAUACGGGCUCGCUCAAGCAAUAA